GCUGUGCCAAAGAUAAAGAAGAAGAAGAAGUGUAGACUUUGACUUUGCUGUCCUGACCUGCUACGUGUAAAAUGUUGAAAAUUCGAAUAUUUCCAUGAUUUUUAAGUGAUUAAGGAGCAAAUCUGUAGAAAAUAGUCCGGACAAUUAAUCUGCGAGUCUGUGACUGGAAAUAAAAUGCGUCCGCUUAGCAAGAUAUUAUUAUUCUGGCUUGUUGUCGGGGCGUUUUCGGAUGAACACAAUCACAUAUAUGAUACCAAUGAAGAAGUGGUAUUAUGGAUGAACACUGUGGGGCCCUACCAUAACAGGCAGGAAACAUACAACUAUUUUUCGCUGCCCUUUUGUGUGGGGUCGAAGGAAUCAAUCAGCCACUACCAUGAAACGCUCAGCGAAGCCCUGCAAGGUGUUGAGCUGGAAAUUAGCGGUAUUGACAUGGACUUCAAAACUAAUGUGGCUAAAACCGAAUACUGCGCCGUUCAGCUAGAUGAGGCCAAGUACAAGGCCUUCGUAUAUGCUGUGAAGAACCAUUACUGGUACCAAAUGUACAUCGAUGACCUGCCAAUUUGGGGUGUAGUGGGAGAAGUCAAAGACAAUAACUUUUACAUUUGGACUCACAAGAAAUUCGAAAUCGGGUACAACGGCAAGCAGAUCAUCGAUGUGAACUUAACGUCCGAAGACAAAGUGGAGUUGUCGUCCACUAGGAAGUUGAGUUUUACCUAUGAAGUGACUUGGAAGAAGACUGACACCAAGUUUGAAGAUCGCUUUGAUAAAUAUUUGGACCACAACUUUUUCCAGCAUAGAAUUCACUGGUUCAGCAUUUUCAACAGCUUCAUGAUGGUGAUUUUCUUGGUGGGCCUUGUUUCGAUGAUCCUGAUGAGAACCCUUCGCAAAGACUAUGCGAGAUACAGUAAAGAUGACGAUGUAGAUGACAUGGAAAGGGAUCUGGGUGAUGAAUACGGCUGGAAGCAAGUGCAUGGCGAUGUGUUUCGACCUGCCUCAAACCCUCUAGUGUUUUCAGCGCUUAUUGGUGCCGGCCACCAGUUAACCACCGUAGUUCUGAGCGUUAUCAUUUUUGCAAUUCUCGGCGAGCUCUACACUGAACGCGGUAUGUUGCUUUCCACGGCGAUUUUCGUUUACGCGGUUACUGGCCCAGUGAACGGAUAUUUCGGUGGUUCGCUCUAUGCUCGAAUGGGCGGAAAGCUGUGGAUCCGCCAGAUGGUGGCGUCGGCCUUUAUGGUACCGGUCUUCGUCUGCGGCACUGCCUUUGUUAUCAACUUUAUCGCCAUGUAUUAUCACGCAUCCAGGGCGAUUCCGUUCGAAACGAUGGUUGCCGUUAUUUGCAUUUGCACUUUUGUCAUUCUCCCGCUCACUCUCGUUGGAACCGUUUUGGGUAGAAAUCUGGCUGGACAACCUGAUUAUCCUUGCAGAAUAAAUGCUGUGCCAAGGCCGAUUCCCGAAAAGAAAUGGUUUAUGGAGCCGGGAGUCAUUAUCCUGCUUGGCGGCGUGCUACCUUUUGCCAGCAUUUUCAUUGAAAUGUAUUUCAUCUUCACGUCUUUCUGGGCCUAUAAAAUUUACUACGUCUAUGGAUUCAUGCUGCUGGUGUUCGUUAUCCUGAUCAUUGUGACCGUCUGUGUUACAAUUGUGUGCACCUAUUUUCUGUUGAACGCCGAAGACUAUCGCUGGCAAUGGACAUCGUUCUUGGCAGCCGGAUCCACCUCUGCAUAUGUGUACAUCUAUGCAAUCUACUACUUUUUCUUCAAAACCAAAAUGUACGGGCUGUUUCAAACCACCUUCUACUUUGGUUACAUGGCGCUCUUCAGCGGCGUUUUGGGUAUAAUUUGCGGAACUGUGGGCUACAUUGGAACAAGCAUAUUUGUGCGAAAAAUAUACUCAACAGUGAAAAUCGACUGAGCUCAUUUGCUUGGGAGUGCAAACCGCAAUUUACUGAACGAAAUGGUGUUUGCUUGGACAGUACGUUGUUGAUUUUUUCCUGGGUUCCGAUGCGCCAGUUGCCAUUCAUAUAAGUUCAGUGUAUAUAUUUGUUAAUAUGUGAUCGCGAGACCAGGAGAGUGAGGCGUUGCAAUAUAUUGUCCUUUUUAUUUCUAAUAAACAGUAUUGUUUAACGUCA